CCAUUAUCAAUCAGUAAUGAAAAAAAAAAAAAAAAACCCUUUUCCUCUCUCUCUCUCUCUCUCUAACCCAUCCCCCAAAAAGCUUUUAUAAAAAGCACUUAACAAAAUCAACUCCAAAAACCCUCAACCACUUUCUUCUCAAAUCCUUUCCAUAAUCCCCAACUACUACUUUGAUUUACAUUAAUCAUCUUCUCUCCUUCUUAUGGCGACCGGAAAAAGCUGUUACGGUCGUCGUUCCAGUUACCGUUUCCUCCCCGGCGACAUCUCCGGCCACCACUCCUUCACUUCCGAUUUCUCAUUUGAACUAAACGAAUCUGACAUUUACAACUCAGGUAGUACGGCGAGAUCUCCUACGCGAAUCGCGAAGAAGAAAGUUUCAUCGAAACGAUCGGUGGAGGUGGGGGGAGGUGGAGGUGGAGGUGGAGCGUCUUCGUUGCCGGUGAAUAUUCCGGAUUGGUCGAAGAUUUUGAAGGAGGAAUAUAGAGAGAAGAGGAGUUUGGAAUACGCGGACGAUAUGGAAGAGGAUGAAGAGGAAGAAGAAGAAAUGAGAGUUCCACCUCACGAGUUCUUGGCAAGGCAAAUGGCGAGGACGAGGAUCGCAUCGUUUUCGGUGCACGAAGGAAUUGGGAGGACGUUGAAGGGGAGAGAUCUGAGUAGGGUAAGAAAUGCAAUUUGGGAAAAAACUGGGUUCGAGGACUGAAAGAAAAUAAUUAUAUAUAUAUAUAUAUUGGAUGAGAUUAAUUAAUUUAACGCAAGUAGUUUUCUUUUUUUCUAUUUUAGGACGUAAAUAUUUGUUGUUAAAAUGAAAAGGAAGGAAUGAUACAUAUAUGUAUGUAUGUAUGUAAUUUCUUCCUUUUCCAAUGUCGUUUUUCUUUCUUUUUAAUUUGUUUUUCAGCUUUGCCAUAUUGGCGUAACGCUGGUUGAAUUUGUGGGGAAUGGAUGGAUGGAUGGAUGAUAUAUUCCACUAUAUUAUUAAAUGAUUGUAAAAUAUUUAAAAUACUAAGCUAAUUAGUAAAUUUUGUUGUGUUA